CUUGAUUUAGUUGCCUACGUACAUAUUCUGCGACAAAGCGCUGAAACACAGCAGACUUGAACCGAGCAGCUAAAAACAUCCCCACGUCCAGACUCAAACAGGAGACAUAACUCUGGUGUGUUUGUUUGCUCAGCCGGCAGGAGUUUAGACUCUCACGAUGUCUCUGGCGGACGAGCUCCUGGCGGAUCUGGAGGAGGCAGGAGACGAGGGGGAGGACGAUCUGUAUCCAGGGGGGGAGGAGGGGGAGAGUGAUGGAGAGGCGGCGGAGGGAAAGACCGAGGGAGGCUUGGAGGACAUACCGGAGGAAAUGGAGGUGGACUACAGCGGGGCUGAGAGUGUCACAUCUAUCGCCAAGCUCCGCAACAGCAAACAGUUUUCAGAGAUCAUGGACAAAAUUGCAGUGCAUGUGGGAAAGCAGCGCAAGAACUCCGAAGUGUCUGGCCCGGUGGAGGCUGACCCAGAGUACAGGCUGAUCGUGGCGGCCAAUAAUCUCACGGUAGAGAUCGACAAUGAACUCAAUAUAAUUCACAAGUUUACCCGUGACAAAUACUCCAAGAGGUUUCCAGAGCUCGAGUCCCUGGUGCCAAACUCUCUGGAUUACAUCCGGACGGUGAAGGAACUGGGCAACAAUCUGGACAAGUGCAAGAACAAUGAAACUCUGCAGCAGAUCCUGACCAAUGCCACCAUUAUGGUCGUCAGUGUCACCGCCUCGACCACACAGGGCUCAUUGCUCGGCGAGGAUGAACUGAAGCGACUGGAAGAGGCGUGUGAUAUGGCCCUGGAGCUCAACCAAUCCAAACACAGGAUUUAUGAAUAUGUGGAGUCCAGAAUGUCGUUCAUCGCUCCGAAUCUGUCCAUCAUUGUCGGGGCGUCAACCGCUGCCAAGAUCAUGGGUAUUGCUGGAGGCCUGACCAACUUGUCCAAGAUGCCGGCCUGUAACCUCAUGCUGCUGGGAGCCCAGAGGAAAACCCUGUCAGGCUUCAGCAGCACCUCCCUGCUGCCCCACACCGGCUUCAUCUAUCACUGUGACGUGGUGCAGUCCCUGCCCCCUGAUCUAAGGAGGAAGGCGGCUCGUUUGGUAGCUGCAAAGUGCACCCUGGCUGCCCGAGUCGACAGCUUCCACGAGAGCUCAGAUGGCAAGGUUGGCUAUGAUCUAAAGGAGGAGAUAGAGAGGAAGUUUGAUAAAUGGCAGGAGCCUCCGCCAGUGAAGCAGGUCAAACCACUGCCAGCCCCGCUGGAUGGACAGAGGAAGAAGAGAGGUGGAAGGAGGUAUCGCAAGAUGAAGGAGCGCCUCGGGCUGACUGAGAUCAGGAAACACGCCAACAGAAUGACCUUUGCAGAGAUUGAAGACGAUGCGUAUCAGGAGGAUUUGGGCUUCAGUCUGGGCCAGCUGGGGAAGAGCGGCAGCGGCCGAGUCAGGCAGGCCCAGGUCAACGAGGCCACCAAGGCCAGGAUCUCAAAGUCCCUCCAGAGGACGUUACAGAAGCAGAGCAUGACGUAUGGAGGAAAGUCCACAGUCAGAGACCGAUCCUCAGGAACCAGUUCCAGUGUCGCUUUCACUCCUCUCCAGGGGUUGGAGAUUGUGAACCCGCAGGCUGCAGAGAAGAAGGUGGCUGAAGCAAACCAGAAAUACUUCUCUAAUAUGGCAGAAUUCCUCAAGGUCAAGAAGGAGGGGAAGAUGUGAUGACACACACACACACACACACACACACACACACACUUUCACACAGACAGUUGCAGCUGCUCCUGCAUCAUAUUGAGCUGCACUGAGAAUUGCACUCAGCGUUGCUAAGUGAUGAUAUAUUUUUCAUGAUUGUAUGUUUCUUUAAGGCAUUGUGAUAUUGCUGUAUUUUAAGUUUUUACUUUUUGAUUUAUGAUUUUGGUUCCAUUUUAAUAAAAGAAAAUGCUGAUAUUCUA